UAAAAAAUUCCACCUAUUAGUUUUAGGGUUAAAAUGUGUCCAAAUAAUACUUUUGGUGACUAAAUUCUGACUUUGGCUAUGAUCUAACUGUUAGUUGCUUUUUUUGCUCUCUCUAUUGGUCAACUUGUGUACUAUUUGUCCUUAUGUUUCUGAUCUAACCUAACCGGGAGAGGCAAAAUUGCUCCUCUAAACACAAUCUGCACCCUUUUUCAUGUUUUCCUUACUCCCAAUGUUGCUUUCCAAUCACAAUCCCAAAUGCAAUCUUGGAGACUUUCUCCCUCUUCCUCUGCUGUCACUCAGCAUUCUCUCAACCUCCACCUUUCAAAGUUCAUAACCCUAAACCCUCUUCUUUCGUCUCCUUCUCUUUCACCACAACCGCCGCCACUAUCACCACAAUCGCCGCCACUGUCAUGUCUCUUUAUUGUCAUCAACGCAACAAAAAGUUUCAACGAUUCACAUUAUAAGAUUUACCUCUACAGUCACGGUAGAAUUGAUGGUUGGCGUACGCGUAUAGAGUGUCUUGCUAGCCUUUGAAGGAGCAGCGAUAGAAAACCGAGUCAACGGUUAUGUUUAUAUGUAGUGGGUUUAUCGUCGUAGUUCGAUCGCCGUGGCCGCCGAUGAUUAUUUCGAAACAAAUUAGUUUUCAAUAUUUUUGUUUUGAGAUUUGUGGCUCACUUCAUAAUACUGAGUUGAUUUGUUUGAAACUGAUUUUAUGUAAUUUACAGAACUGGUUUUAUGCUCUUGCAGAAUGGCAUCACUGUUUUAUUUUACUUUUAUUGCGUUUUUCAUUUUCUGAUGAUUAUUUCAAAUAUAUUGAGUGUUGUAGAAAUUUAACGGUGUUAUGAUGCCAAAUACAAAUCGGGUAUUUCGUCUGAACCGGGCUACAUUCAGCGGUGGUGGUGGUGAAAGGCGUUCUUAUAAGGCUACUAUUGAUUUCUCUUAAAAGCAAUUUAAAUUGUUAUUAGUGUUGAUUACCUAUUUGUUUCACCAGUUUCUUUUCAAAUGGAAUAACUCCUCAAAGGUUUAGACACACCUAUUUAUUUGAAGCUUCAUAUGAAUUGGCAAUUUGGAAUUUGUUGAACCUGGUGUACAAUACCACCACCGACAAACCAGAAGACGACAUGAGUUACAAUACCAUCGCUGACAAGAAAAUUCAAUACUAUCGCAUGAAUCACAAUGUCGUCACCGCCACCGAAAGAUAAGUUACUCUUACAUAUUCUAUUAAUUGAUCGUAAAUGAAUAUUGAGUGUUUAUGAGUUUUGUGUCCGGGUUACCGCAAGGGAGUAUGUAAACAAAUGUUAGUGUGUAUUUUUAUUUUUUUUCAAUCUUCUAUAUUUGUUAUGUUGAUUUGCAUUAUUUACUCAAAACGUCAUAUGAGUUGUUCUAAUUCGAACUGAUCUCUUUGCAUUCUAGGGAAAUUGGUUUAUGCACGGUAGCUGUUUGUAUUAAGGUCGCAGAGAUGUCAAAAAUGAAAACUAUGAUGGUAGUGCAGAUUUUAUAUAGGAUAUGCAGUUGUAUAGUUCUUCUUCAGUUGCUUCGUCAUCGGUUGUUCAGAGUUUAUAUUGUUCGGCUGAAUUGACUAGAUUUCCGAGGACGGAAUUGGUUCCUGCAUAUGUUCGGCUGCUGCGCGAUAAUGAGGCGGAAGUACGUAUUGCUGCUGCUGGGAAAGUGACUAAGUUCUCCCGCAUAUUAAGUCCUGAACUAGCCAUUCAACAUAUUCUGCCAUGCGUAAAGGAGUUAUCGACAGAUUCAUCUCAACAUGUCCGCUCUGCAUUGGCUUCGGUUAUAAUGGGAAUGGCACCGGUCUUAGGGAAGGAUGCAACAAUUGAGCAACUUCUCCCUAUUUUCCUCUCUCUUUUGAAAGAUGAGUUUCCUGAUGUCAAGCUAAAUAUUAUCAGCAAGCUUGAUCAAGUGAACCAGGUUAUUGGUAUUGAUCUCUUAUCUCAGUCACUUUUACCAGCUAUUGUUGAGCUUGCUGAGGAUCGGCAAUGGAGAGUUAGACUUGCAAUCAUAAAAUAUAUACCAUUGUUAGCAAGUCAGUUGGGUGUAGGCUUUUUUGAUGAUAAGCUUGGAGCUCUUUGCAUGCAAUGGCUGAAGGACAAGGUAUACUCAAUCCGUGAUGCAGCUGCCAAUAAUGUGAAACGCUUAGCAGAAGAAUUUGGACCAGAGUGGGCAAUGCAGCAUAUUAUUCCCCAAGGAUCAAAUCUUGAUAUCAAUUGGUAUUUAAAUGAAGUAAUGACCAGAGUAUAUAAGUCUGAAUUCAAGUUAUGGUUCAGCUACAAAUGUUGUAGAUAUUAAAAUGCCUGGAAGUGGCAUGGUAGGCGAGUCUAAAUCUGAAGAGGGCAUUCUACUUACAGGAUAAAUUAAAUGGCUCAACAAGCCUGUUUGCAGAAAGUUUGAAAAAUAAAGAUAACUAAAUACAGUUCGUCUCUGUUCUUU